AGAGAGAGAGAGAGAGAGAGAGGAGGAGAAAGUGGAGUCAGGGUGCUUCAGAGAGAGACUGCCUCUGACAGCCAUGAAGCAGUGAUGGGAUCAGCUCUCAGCCAGUGACAGGCAGCGACAGACCAGUCCAUCCACAGAGAAACACCAUCUCAUCUCAUUGGCUCAUGCUCUGAAUUAUGCUUCUGAAGAUACUGCAUCCUGCGGUGGACGUAUUCUCCUGUUCCUAGACUGGGGUCUGUCGUCGUCUCCAGACCCUCUGCUCAGUCCCCAGUCGGCCGAGCUGCUGGUGGAACUACGGAGGUGUUUUAAUAAUAGGCUUCAACCCUCCGUCACCUCUAACUGCCAGACUGGACUCGGGUGACAAAGUACCAAAGAGAGAGAGAGGGAGGGGAAAGAGAGAGAGAGAGACCUCAGAGCUGCUUUCUCACCGGGGAUGACUUUCUUUCGGGGGGAACUUCAUCCACCAGGAAGAGAAGGGAACUAAAGGAUUAGUAGCAGUCUCCAGUUAUCUGACUCAUGAAGCUCCCGGCAGCGGUGCUGCUGAUGGUCCUUCUGCUGCAUGGGCUCUGCAUUGUCUGUGGAGCAGAGCAGAACCAGGGGAGGCCCCGAGGUAGCAGCCAGACCAGGGACGAGGCCCAGGACGAGGCCCAGGACGGGGCCCAGGACGGGGCCCAGGACGGGGGCCAGGAGAACCCCGAAGAGAGCCUGGAGAGGGAGUUCCUGUAUACUGGGGGAAGAAGCAGGAGCCGGCGUUCCCCGCCCGUCCCCCCGGAGGCCGACAAGUGCUCCUACACCUUCGUCGUGCCGCAGCAGAAAGUCACGGGGGCCAUUUGCGUCAACUCCAGGGAGCCCGAGUCCCUGCUGGCGAACCGGGUGAGCAGACAGGAGCUGGAGCUGCUGAACGGCGAGAUGCUGAAGCAGAAGAGGCAGCUGGAGACCCUGCAGCAGCUGGUGGAGGUGGACGGAGGCGUGGUGAACGAGGUGAAGCUCCUGAGGAAGGAGAGCCGCAACAUGAACUCCCGGGUGACGCAGCUCUACAUGCAGCUGCUGCACGAGAUCAUCAGGAAGAGGGACAACUCGCUGGAGCUGGCCCAGAUGGAGAACCGCAUCCUGAACCAGACCGCCGAGAUGCAGAUGCUGACCAAUCGCUACAGGGACCUGGAGCAUAAGUACCAGCACCUUGCCACGCUGGCCACCAACCAGUCGGUCCUCAUCGCCCUCCUGGAGGAGCAGUGUCAGAGCAGGCCCGCCCCGCGCCCCGUGCCCCCCGUCCAGCCCCGACCCCAGCCCGCGCCGCGACCUCCGACCCCUGUCAAGCCUUUCCAGCCCCCUCCCUUCCCGCGUGUCACCAACCAGAUCACCAACGAGAUCCAGAGCGACCAGAACCAGAAGCUCCAACGAACUGCCCUUCCCACAAUGCCGAGCGGCACCCACAGCCCCUCCACCACCAACAAACCCUCGGGGCCGUGGAAGGACUGCCUGCAGGCGCUGGAGGACGGCCACACGGCCAGCGGCAUGUACCUGGUGAAGCCGGAGAACGCCAACCGCCUCAUGCAGGUGUGGUGCGACCAGAGGCACGACCCCGGCGGCUGGACCGUCAUCCAGAGGAGGCUGGACGGCUCCGUCAACUUCUUCAGGAACUGGGAAACGUAUAAGCAAGGUUUUGGGAAUAUAGAUGGUGAGUAUUGGCUGGGACUGGAGAACAUCUACUGGCUGACCAAUCAGGACAACUACAAGCUGCUGGUAACCCUGGAGGAUUGGUCGGGCAGGAAGGUGUUUGCGGAGUACGCCAGCUUCCGACUGGAGCCCGAGGCAGACUUCUACAAGCUCAGGGUGGGCCGCUACCACGGCAACGCUGGAGACUCCCUCACCUGGCACAACGGCAAACAGUUCACCACGCUGGACAGAGACCAUGACGUGUACACAGGUAACUGUGCCCACUACCAGAAAGGCGGCUGGUGGUACAAUGCCUGUGCCCACUCCAACCUCAACGGAGUCUGGUACCGAGGAGGACAUUACCGCAGUCGAUACCAAGAUGGCGUCUACUGGGCAGAGUUCAGAGGCGGGGCCUAUUCUCUAAAGAAAGUGGUUAUGAUGAUCAGGCCCAACCCAAACACAUUUCAUUAGCUUUUCCUUUUCGCUAGCUAGCGCUACUAUCUGUAGCUAGCUCUCUCCCGUUUACCAGCCAGGUCUACUUUCAUCAGCUGGCGCUCCCCAGGGCUACAGCCCACUGUCCCAAUUUCUCCCCUCCCAUGUGGCACUGAGGCACCUUACAGCCAACUCACCAGGACAGUGACUAAGAACGUGCAAUAUCUAAGCCGUUAGUAUUAACUUUUGGCUAGCAGUGGGUGUCUCACAUCUACUGCAUCUAUACCCAUGCACUGGUGUACUAUUAACUUCUGUUCCUGCUCAGUUGUGAUGGAUUGUAACAAACACAAAGUCUGACUUUGAAGCGGCUGUUGUCGGAUGGAGAGGGAGGUUCAUUCUAGCACCGUUCAUCAUGUUUGAAGAUGUGUGGCAAAAGGACACGGGAAGUCGGUAUGAGUAGCUUUGGGAUAGCAAACCUACUGUAUACUUAUAAUACAACAAAUAACUAUAGAUGUUGACACAGGAACAUUAUCUCCAGUGACUUUUCUUUUUACAUUGUAAACAAACUAUUCCCGAAAGAAAAUUGUAGCAACCAAUAUUCAAGAUGAUCCUUCAGAUAUAUUGACAACAUCCUGGGAACGAGGCCAAUGUCUUUCAGCAAUGAAAUACUCUUCCAUGGAUCAUCAUAAUUGAAGACAAUAAAUCAGCAUUCCAAGUUCUGUACUUCACAGUGCUGUGAGACAGGCUAAGGUGACACCACAAAACAACUAUUACGAAAACAAGCUUUGCCCAGGUUUUAAAUUUGCUUGCAUAAAAAAACAAAAAAACAAGCAGUGUAUGUACUGUAUAAAUUAAUUGUUGGUAUCAGUAGUUCCAACACAUUUUGUCUGUACAUAAAAGAUUUGUAAUAUAAUGUAACUAGUUCAUCAUGUAUCACUAUAAAGUUGCAAUAAAUUAUGUACAGCUCC